CGCCGCUGUUGCCACUGCCUCUGCCGCUACCGGCUGAGCGGUUUUUUUUUUUUUCCUUCUUUCUUUUUCCUUUUUCUUUUUGAUUUGCCAGAUCCGCCAUAUUGACGAGGCCAGGGCACCCGCGGCUGCGGAAGCUAGUCUCCGCCGCCGCCGGAGCCGCAACCUCUCGGUAGCCGGCCCGUUUGGGCCCUCCUUUCUGUCCCGCCGAACCCCCUCCUCGCCUUGUAUCGGCUCUCGGGAGGCUGCCGCCGCCUCUCUCUCACGGGAGGCGACUGCCUUUAGCGCCCCAGAACCCGGGGUCGGCGACGGGGAGCGAGGAGCCGAGCGGCAACCAAGCGAACAGGCCCCGACUGGGGGGACAGAGGCGGCGACUAGGGGAAGGUGAAACUGCCGUUGCAGUAGGAGGAGCAGGAGGAGGUGACGCAGGAGAAACGCACCGCCCGGAGCUUGUCUGAGCUCAGCGAGCGCCCCUGCCUAAGGGGAGAAGGGGGAAGAGGGCCGCCGCCGGCUGAGGGGUGGAGAAGGCGGCCGCGGCCACUACUGCCACAGGGCGGCCUCUGUGAAGAGCGGACCCUCUAGUCCGCCCGCACGCGUGCGGCUGCGCUGUGUCUCCACACACUUAGUCGCCCGUCGGGCUUGGGAUGCGCCUAGGUUAGGCCUGGGUCCCAGAACCGAGCUUUCGCCUGUCGCCCGCCGCCUCCAGCCUCCGCGUGUCCAGCUUCUUAGAAGACGCCUGUGUUGUGUUCGGUUAUGCAAUGGUCUCUGCAAGAUGGUUUAUUCUUGAAUUGGAGCUUUUUAAGACUGACAAAUGCUGGUAUUUCAUCUUCUUUAAGUGGACUAUAAUUUCUUUUCUCAAGACAACUACAUAAGCAGACAAAAUUGCAAAGAUCUGCCCUGUGUCGAGUAUGACAGCCACGACUCGUGGCUCUCCAGUUGGAGGGAAUGACAACCAGGGCCAAGCUCCUGAUGGACAGUCCCAGCCCCCCCUCCAACAGAAUCAGACUUCAUCACCUGAUUCUUCAAAUGAAAAUUCCCCGGCAACUCCUCCUGAUGAACAAGGUCAAGGUGAUGCCCCACCACAGAUUGAAGACGAGGAACCUGCAUUUCCACAUACUGACUUGGCGAAGUUAGAUGAUAUGAUCAACAGGCCUCGAUGGGUGGUUCCAGUUUUGCCAAAAGGGGAAUUAGAAGUGCUUUUAGAAGCUGCUAUUGAUCUUAGUAAGAAAGGCCUUGAUGUUAAAAGUGAAGCAUGUCAGCGGUUUUUCCGAGAUGGAUUAACAAUCUCAUUCACUAAAAUCCUUACAGAUGAAGCUGUGAGUGGCUGGAAGUUUGAAAUUCAUAGAUGUAUUAUUAACAAUACUCAUCGCUUGGUGGAGCUAUGUGUGGCUAAGUUGGCCCAAGACUGGUUUCCACUUCUAGAACUUCUUGCCAUGGCCUUAAAUCCUCAUUGCAAAUUCCAUAUCUACAAUGGUACACGUCCGUGUGAAUCUGUUUCCUCAAAUGUUCAGUUGCCUGAAGAUGAACUCUUUGCUCGUUCUCCAGACCCUCGAUCACCAAAAGGCUGGCUAGUGGAUCUCCUCAACAAAUUUGGUACUUUAAAUGGGUUCCAGAUAUUGCAUGAUCGUUUUAUUAAUGGAUCAGCAUUAAAUGUUCAGAUAAUUGCAGCCCUUAUUAAACCUUUUGGACAGUGCUAUGAGUUUCUUACUCUUCACACGGUGAAAAAAUACUUUCUUCCAAUAAUAGAAAUGGUUCCACAAUUUUUAGAAAACUUAACUGAUGAAGAACUGAAAAAAGAAGCAAAGAAUGAAGCUAAAAAUGAUGCUCUUUCAAUGAUUAUUAAAUCUUUGAAGAAUUUAGCUUCACGGGUUCCUGGACAAGAAGAAACUGUGAAGAACUUGGAAAUAUUUAGAUUAAAAAUGAUACUUAGAUUAUUGCAGAUUUCUUCUUUCAAUGGAAAGAUGAAUGCACUGAAUGAAGUUAACAAGGUGAUAUCCAGUGUGUCAUACUAUACCCAUCGACAUGGUAAUCCUGAGGAGGAAGAGUGGCUCACUGCGGAGCGGAUGGCAGAAUGGAUCCAGCAGAACAAUAUUUUAUCCAUAGUUCUGCGAGAUAGUCUUCAUCAGCCACAGUAUGUAGAGAAGCUAGAGAAGAUUCUUCGUUUUGUCAUCAAAGAAAAAGCUCUGACUUUGCAAGAUCUUGAUAAUAUCUGGGCAGCACAGGCCGGGAAACAUGAAGCCAUUGUGAAGAAUGUACAUGAUCUACUGGCCAAAUUGGCAUGGGAUUUUUCUCCUGAACAACUUGAUCAUCUUUUUGAUUGCUUCAAGGCUAGUUGGACAAAUGCAAGUAAAAAGCAGCGUGAAAAGCUCCUUGAGCUGAUUCGUCGCCUUGCAGAAGAUGAUAAAGAUGGUGUAAUGGCACACAAAGUGUUGAACCUUCUGUGGAAUCUUGCUCACAGUGAUGAUGUGCCUGUAGAUAUAAUGGACCUGGCUCUUAGUGCUCACAUCAAAAUACUAGAUUAUAGUUGCUCUCAGGACCGGGACACACAAAAGAUCCAAUGGAUAGAUCGCUUUAUAGAAGAACUUCGUACAAAUGACAAAUGGGUUAUUCCUGCUCUGAAACAAAUUAGAGAAAUUUGUAGUUUGUUUGGUGAAGCUCCUCAAAAUUUGAGUUCUUCUCGUUUCAGUCAAACGCAGCGAAGUCCCCAUGUAUUUUAUCGUCAUGACUUAAUCAAUCAACUACAGCAUAAUCAUGCCCUAGUUACUUUGGUAGCAGAAAAUCUUGCAACUUACAUGGAAAGCAUGAGACUAUAUGCCAGAGAUCAUGAAGACUAUGACCCACAAACUGUGAGACUGGGAAGUAGAUACAGUCAUGUUCAAGAAGUCCAAGAACGGCUUAACUUCCUUAGGUUUUUACUGAAAGAUGGCCAACUGUGGCUAUGCGCUCCUCAAGCAAAACAAAUAUGGAAGUGCUUAGCUGAGAAUGCAGUUUACCUUUGUGAUCGUGAAGCCUGUUUUAAGUGGUAUUCCAAAUUGAUGGGAGAUGAACCAGACUUAGAUCCUGAUAUCAAUAAGGACUUCUUUGAAAGUAAUGUCCUUCAACUUGAUCCUUCCCUAUUAACUGAAAAUGGAAUGAAAUGUUUUGAGAGAUUCUUCAAAGCUGUGAAUUGUCGAGAAGGAAAACUAGUAGCGAAAAGGAGAGCCUAUAUGAUGGAUGAUUUGGAGUUGAUAGGAUUAGACUACCUUUGGAGGGUUGUGAUUCAGAGUAAUGAUGAUAUUGCUAACCGAGCUAUAGAUCUCCUUAAAGAGAUUUACACAAACCUUGGUCCAAGGCUGCAGGUCAAUCAGGUGGUGAUCCACGAAGACUUCAUUCAGUCUUGCUUUGAUCGUUUGAAAGCCUCUUAUGACACAUUGUGUGUUUUGGAUGGUGAUAAAGACAGUAUUAACUGUGCAAGACAGGAAGCUGUUCGAAUGGUUCGAGUAUUAACUGUUUUAAGGGAAUAUAUAAAUGAAUGUGACAGUGAUUAUCAUGAAGAAAGAACGAUUCUGCCUAUGUCAAGAGCUUUCCGUGGUAAACACCUCUCUUUUAUAGUUCGAUUUCCAAACCAGGGCAGACAAGUAGAUGACUUAGAAGUGUGGUCUCAUACAAAUGAUACAAUUGGUUCAGUUCGACGAUGUAUUCUCAAUCGUAUUAAAGCCAACGUAGCUCAUACAAAAAUUGAACUUUUUGUGGGUGGUGAGUUGAUUGAUCCUGGAGAUGACAGAAAGUUAAUUGGACAGUUAAACCUGAAGGAUAAAUCGCUAAUUACAGCCAAACUUACACAAAUAAGCUCCAAUAUGCCUUCAAGUCCUGAUAGCUCUUCUGAUUCCUCAACUGGAUCUCCCGGAAACCAUGGUAAUCAUUACAGUGAUGGCCCCAAUCCAGAAGUGGAAAGCUGUUUGCCUGGAGUGAUAAUGUCACUUCAUCCCAGAUACAUCUCUUUCCUUUGGCAAGUUGCAGACUUGGGUAGCAGCCUAAAUAUGCCACCUCUGAGAGAUGGAGCAAGAGUGCUUAUGAAACUUAUGCCACCUGAUAGUACAACAAUAGAAAAAUUAAGAGCUAUUUGUUUGGACCAUGCCAAACUUGGAGAAAGCAGCCUUAGUCCAUCUCUUGACUCACUUUUCUUUGGUCCAUCUGCCUCACAAGUGCUAUACCUAACAGAGGUCGUCUAUGCCUUGUUAAUGCCUGCUGGUGCACCCCUGGCUGAUGAUUCCUCUGAUUUUCAAUUUCACUUCUUGAAAAGUGGUGGUCUGCCCCUUGUCCUGAGUAUGCUAACCAGAAAUAACUUCCUGCCGAAUGCAGAUAUGGAAACUCGAAGGGGUGCCUACCUCAAUGCUCUUAAAAUAGCCAAAUUGUUGCUAACUGCCAUUGGCUAUGGCCAUGUUCGGGCUGUGGCUGAAGCUUGUCAACCAGGUGUAGACGGCGUGAAUCCCAUGACACCGGUCAACCAAGUUACUCAUGAUCAAGCAGUGGUGCUACAAAGUGCCCUUCAGAGCAUUCCUAACCCAUCAUCUGAAUGCAUGCUUAGAAAUGUAUCUGUUCGUCUUGCUCAGCAGAUAUCUGAUGAGGCUUCAAGAUAUAUGCCUGACAUUUGUGUAAUUAGAGCUAUACAAAAAAUUAUUUGGGCAUCAGGAUGUGGGGGAUUACAGCUGGUAUUCAGCCCAAAUGAAGAAAUCACAAAAAUUUAUGAGAAGACCAAUGCCGGCAAUGAGCCAGACAUGGAAGAUGAGCAGGUUUGCUGUGAAGCAUUAGAAGUGAUGACACUAUGUUUCGCCUUGAUUCCAACAGCCUUAGAUGCUCUAAGUAAAGAAAAGGCUUGGCAGACGUUCAUUAUUGACCUACUAUUGCACUGUCACAGCAAGACUGUUCGUCAGGUGGCACAAGAACAAUUCUUCUUAAUGUGCACCAGAUGUUGCAUGGGACACAGACCUCUACUUUUCUUCAUUACUCUGCUCUUUACUGUUUUGGGGAGCACAGCCAGAGAGAGAGCUAAACAUUCAGGCGACUACUUCACUCUUUUAAGGCACCUUCUUAAUUAUGCUUACAACAGUAAUAUUAAUGUACCCAAUGCUGAAGUUCUUCUCAAUAAUGAAAUUGAUUGGCUUAAAAGAAUUAGGGAUGAUGUUAAAAGAACAGGUGAAACAGGUGUUGAAGAAACAAUCUUAGAAGGACACCUUGGGGUAACAAAAGAGCUACUAGCCUUUCAGACUUCUGAAAAGAAGUUUCAUAUUGGUUGUGAAAAAGGUGGUGCUAAUCUCAUUAAAGAACUGAUCGACGAUUUCAUCUUUCCUGCAUCCAAUGUUUACCUGCAGUAUAUGAGAAAUGGAGAGCUUCCAGCUGAACAGGCUAUCCCUGUCUGUGGGUCACCAUCUACAAUUAAUGCUGGUUUUGAGUUACUUGUUGCAUUAGCUGUUGGCUGUGUGAGGAACCUCAAACAGAUAGUAGAUUCUUUGACUGAAAUGUAUUACAUUGGCACAGCAAUAACUACUUGUGAAGCACUUACUGAGUGGGAAUAUCUGCCACCUGUUGGACCCCGCCCACCAAAAGGAUUUGUAGGGCUGAAAAAUGCUGGUGCUACUUGUUACAUGAAUUCUGUGAUUCAACAACUCUACAUGAUUCCCUCCAUCAGGAACGGUAUUCUUGCUAUUGAAGGCACAGGUAGUGAUGUAGAUGAUGAUAUGUCUGGGGAUGAGAAGCAGGACAAUGAGAGCAAUGUUGAUCCCAGGGAUGAUGUGUUUGGAUAUCCUCAACAAUUUGAAGACAAACCCGCAUUAAGUAAAACAGAAGAUAGGAAAGAGUACAAUAUUGGUGUCCUAAGACACCUUCAGGUUAUCUUCGGGCAUUUAGCUGCUUCUCGACUACAAUACUACGUGCCCAGAGGAUUUUGGAAACAGUUCAGGCUUUGGGGUGAGCCUGUUAAUCUUCGUGAACAACAUGAUGCUUUGGAGUUUUUUAAUUCAUUGGUGGAUAGUUUAGAUGAAGCUUUAAAAGCCUUAGGACACCCUGCUAUGCUAAGUAAAGUCUUAGGAGGUUCCUUUGCUGAUCAGAAGAUUUGCCAAGGUUGCCCACAUAGGUACGAAUGUGAAGAAUCUUUUACCACUCUCAACGUAGAUAUUAGAAACCACCAAAAUCUUCUUGAUUCUUUGGAACAGUAUGUCAAAGGAGAUUUACUAGAAGGGGCAAAUGCAUAUCAUUGUGAAAAAUGCAAUAAAAAGGUUGAUACUGUAAAGCGCUUACUAAUUAAAAAGUUGCCUCCUGUUCUUGCUAUCCAACUAAAACGAUUCGACUAUGACUGGGAAAGAGAAUGUGCAAUCAAGUUCAAUGAUUACUUCGAAUUUCCUCGAGAGUUAGACAUGGAACCUUACACAGUUGCAGGUGUUGCUAAGCUGGAGGGCGAUAAUGUAAACCCAGAGAGUCAGUUGAUACAACAGAACGAACAGUCUGAAAGCGAGGCAGCAGGAAGCACAAAAUACAGACUUGUGGGUGUGCUUGUGCACAGUGGUCAAGCAAGUGGAGGGCAUUAUUACUCUUACAUCAUUCAAAGAAAUGGUGGAGAUGGUGAAAGAAAUCGCUGGUAUAAAUUUGAUGAUGGAGAUGUAACAGAGUGUAAAAUGGAUGAUGAUGAAGAAAUGAAAAACCAGUGUUUUGGUGGCGAAUACAUGGGAGAAGUGUUUGAUCACAUGAUGAAGCGCAUGUCAUACAGGCGCCAGAAAAGGUGGUGGAAUGCUUAUAUACUUUUUUAUGAACGAAUGGACACAAUAGAUCAAGAUGAUGAGUUGAUAAGAUAUAUAUCAGAGCUUGCUGUCACCACAAGGCCCCAUCAGAUUGUCAUGCCGUCAGCCAUUGAGAGAAGUGUACGGAAGCAGAAUGUACAAUUCAUGCAUAACCGAAUGCAGUACAGUCUGGAAUAUUUUCAGUUUAUGAAAAAACUACUUACAUGUAAUGGUGUUUACUUAAACCCUCCUCCAGGACAAGAUCACCUGUCUCCUGAAGCAGAAGAAAUCACUAUGAUUAGUAUUCAACUUGCUGCUAGGUUCCUCUUUACUACAGGAUUUCACACAAAGAAAAUAGUUCGUGGAUCUGCCAGUGAUUGGUAUGAUGCCUUGUGUAUUCUUCUUCGUCACAGCAAGAACGUACGCUUUUGGUUUGCUCAUAAUGUCCUUUUUAAUGUUUCAAAUCGCUUUUCUGAAUACCUUUUGGAAUGCCCUAGUGCCGAAGUAAGGGGUGCAUUUGCAAAACUUAUAGUUUUUAUUGCACAUUUUUCCUUACAAGAUGGCCCGUGUCCUUCACCUUUCGCAUCUCCUGGACCUUCUAGUCAGGCUUAUGACAACUUAAGCUUGAGUGAUCACUUACUAAGAGCAGUACUAAAUCUGUUGAGAAGGGAAGUUUCAGAGCAUGGACGUCAUUUACAGCAGUAUUUCAACUUGUUUGUAAUGUAUGCCAAUUUAGGAGUGGCGGAGAAGA